GGUCAUUUUCUGUCAAUCUUGCUGAAGGAAAAUGAGCGUAACCCAGCAGUUAUUUUUGCCACGGUCUUCCUAGUACUGUACUUGAAAUCUGAAGACACGCAGACCAGGAAUUCUGUAUAUAAUGCUGGGAUUUGGAUAUUCGCCAUUCUGACUAUUGUUAUGGUUUCCUACUAUGGGUUCGAGAAUGCUGGUGGAGGGAUUGGCUAUUCUGUUUUGAUAGCGUUUGCUAUCUGUUUUUGUGAAAUGUUCUGGCGAACUUUUAUGAUUAAUGAAGAUGUGCCAACAGCUACUGAAGGACAAACGACAGACGGAGGUUACAAUUAUGGAGUUUGCUCUUGGAAAUUGUUUUUAGGAUGGUUCAUCCGUAUUGUGAUCGCAGUCGGGCUAAUCUACAUUGCGUACUUUGCUUCAUCACAAUUUACGCUUUCUUCGUCAAAUGAGGUUCAAGUGAAACAACAAAAUCAAUGUAAUUGUAAUCACUAUGCAUAUAUUUAUUAAUUUUAAGAUAGAAAUACAA